AUGCAAGCUUCUUACCUGGGACCGGAGGACUCGUACAGCCAUGUCGCGACUCGACAGAUCCUAGAUGGGCUCGAUGCGGAGAUCAUACCAUGUCAGACUAUAACGAACGUCUUUAAAGCUUCAACGCCUUAUGCCGUCGUGCCCAUCUCGAAUACCAUUCAAGGCGUCGUACAGGAGACGCUUUUAAACCUGAUACAUCCCGAAACACACGCAUCAGAGAACGGCUCAGCAGCAACAAAGUGGGAAAUUGUCGGGUCGCAUACUCUGUCUGUUCAGCACAACUUGGUCGUACGGCGGGGAGUCGAGUUGAAAGAUGUGGACUGGGUGGGAAGCCACGAGCAGGCGCUAGGCCAAUGCUCAAAGUAUCUGGACGAUCACUGCCCUAGAGCCCAGCGGAUCCCUUUUCCAUCUACCGCCCAAGCCGCUAUCCUCCUAGCUUCGCGUGCUUCUUCGGAGUCUUCCUCCUCCAAGACUACAAUCUCUGGAGGCGCUGCAGGCGUAGGUCAGGAUAUCAAGGUAGUGACGGACGACAACGACGAAAGGCUUCGCGGCCAUGGUGCUGCCAUCUGUUCCUCGGCCAUUAUCGAACGUCUGGAGAGCAGUCUCGAAGUUGUGGCCGAGAGCGUUCAGAACGUGAAGGAAAACUACACCAGGUUCUUGUUACUUCGACAGAGGAACCUCCCGCCAAAUCCUCCGAUCAUCUCCAGAUCGACAGGGAAAUCGACCUUUCUCGUCACUUCCUCGCCUUCGUCGCUUCACGACUUGCCGGAAGAACAUCGCGUGCUCGAGUUGCACAAGCACGAGACUGGCACGUCCGUGUCCAAGAAGAAGUUUGGCGUGGCUGCAUCUGGGCCACAAAGUGGACCGAGGUACUUGGUCGAAGUCGAAGGCGUCGUCGGCGAGGCAGCCGCGGGCGAGUGGGUCGUGCUUGGUAGCACAUAG